GCGUAGAGACUUGGUCGGCCAUCUUUUGCUGGCUUGGAACACCGUGGUAAGCAGUUGGUCGGCCAAGUACAUCGGGCGUCACAGUUGUGUCUGAACUUGUGCUUACAUGAUGUUAGUAUAGGUAUAGCAAGCCUGUUACAAAACUGCUGAAAAUGUUUUCUGGUGGUGAAUCAGUGGAUGAGUAUGAAGAAGAGCUGUACUAUGAUCAAAAUGAUUCAAGUGAGUCAGAAGUAAACAGUGAGCUUGAGUUUCAUCUUUACAGCCAGGUGCACUAUGCUAUGACAUUAGAUGAUGCAGAUACAGAUGUGGAUCCAGCUACAGAUGUCAAACAAGCCCUUGACUUAAUCCAGUCUGACUCGUCUAAAGAAGAUGGGACAGUUAUCUUGAUUUCUGAUUCAGAGCCUAUUCUCAUAUCAGAUAGUGAGUACAACAAAACAAUAUCAGAUGACAGUGAUACAGAUAGCAUCUAUAAAACAAAGUGGAAAAAGGAAUUCAAUUCUGAAAAAAGUCAUUGUAAAAAGCAUUUAUGUGAUGAAGUGCCUGGUAGAACAUUAAGACUACCAAGUCAGAAAAAUGGUCAAAAAAAAAAGCGGAGUGAAGUAAGUGAGAAGAAGUCUAGACAGUCUCUGAAGCAUCAUUUUGCAGAUAGCGAAGAAUCUGAUGUGGAGAACUGGAUGAUUUUAGAUGGACGGAUGCACGCGGGAGACAGUAGCAUUCUGAUAAAUUUAGUAGGCAACUAUGAAGAAGCAGGAAAUGAUGAAAAUGACUGGACGAUCUGUAUGAAGGAUCGCGAGGCGGAGAUUGAAAAUCACAGAUGGAGAAGAAGCUUUAAUCGAUAUUAUACACCUGAUAAGAAGGUUGUUUGUCAAAACUGUAAUAAAAAUGGACAUCUUUCAAAAAACUGCCCAUCUAGUAAGAAGUCCCUUGCAUGUACUUUGUGUGCAGACAGAAGUCAUUUGCAACGUUCCUGCCCCCAUCGAUAUUGUACAAACUGUAGUAUGCCUGGGCAUACUUUUCAAAUGUGCAGAGAGAGAUACCUUUGGAACAUAAAGUGUCAUCGCUGUAAGAUGAAUGGGCACAUUGCAGAAGCUUGUCCAGAAUUAUGGAGACAGUAUCACCUCACGACAAAAGCUGGACCUCCACUAAAAUCAGAAGGUACUGUUCUGAAGAAAAGGCAAGCUUACUGUUACAACUGCUCCCGGUUAGGACAUUAUGGACAUGAUUGUAUCCAGAGAAGGAUGUUCAGCUACACAUCCAGCCCAUUUAUUAAUUACUAUGAUACAAUGAAAGACAUUCGCAGGCGGAACCAUCAGAUUCAAAAAAGAGCUGCAGAGCUCCAAAGAUCUGGUAUGUGGUAUAACGGAAAACCUCAGAAAAAGCAGUCUCACCAGGAAAAGAAAACCAUAUACCCACCAAAUAAGAAAAGAAAAAUGAUAAAAGAAGAACCGGCGAAGUUUAACUUUGAGAGAUUAAAAAACAAGAAAGCCAAGCAGUGUGAACUUAAGAAGACAGAGGAGACAGAGGACUUCCCGAGAGGCCCUAAAAAACCAAACUGUGUCGCUUCUGUCCAUUCAAAGAGGAGCUCAAGGAAGGCGGCCAAGCUCCUUAACAAGAUGCGUAAGCUCACUGAGCAAUCUAGCAAUCACAAUAAAAGAGAAAAACACAAAAAGAAAGAAGAAAAGAAGAAAAAGCAUGCAGAUGUCGAUGACGAUCUUUUUCUAAUAAAGCAAAAAAUCAAAAAGAAGAAAGGGAGCAGGUAGUUCUAAAUGGCCAAGAAGUGUGAGUCAGGAAGAGUGGCGCUUUACCAACAGGUUUGGAGGUCUGCAGCGUCCGUCUCUCUUACACUUCAUUAAUACGCUUUUUAAAUUGCCAGCAAUAAACCAUCUCACUUUGAAUUGUACCUUGACUGUGGAAAGAAGGAAAGAAUACGUCAGGCUGCUUGGGGAGUCGCAGGCACUCUGACAGGUGAAACUGUCGGGCUUAUCCAAUAAGAGCAUCUCUUAUUUUGAGCCCCAGAUAGUGGGGUUUAUGUAAAUCUAAAAUAAAUUAAUGAUGUUAGCAUCUUCUUCAUGACCUGUCUUAAUAAAAAGGCCGUAAUUUUAUCUUCACGCUAUCGCAGUGAAGCUAGUCUUAAAUUAAGACGGGUAAAAAAAAAAAAAAGUCUAAUUAAAUAGAAAGGUAAUCGCAUUUGAAAAGACGAAAUAUUUAUAUUGAUUAUCUGACUUCAUUUGUGUACAAUUAAUGGCUACGGUAUUGCUUGUCUAUUUGGUGGAUCAGAGACGGAAAAUGCGGGUGUGUCUGCUUUCGGAUGAAACAGCGCAGGACAGUGUAAGAGUUCGACACUCGUCUGUCCUUUCCUAAAAUGUUUCCUAGAUGCCCAUUUCCUUGUAGGACCCGAUUGCUUUUCUAAUUAUAAACGGACAUUAUUAUGCAGGAAAUAUCGCACCAAAUGUGUGACGCUCAUGCUUACAAGUAAGGUUUAAAAAAAAGCUAUAAUGAUGAGAAAAAGAAUAUUGUUUUAUUGCUACCUUUUUAAUAGCCAAAAAAUAAAUUUUGUUACCACU